AUGCGAUACGACACCCACGAGAAUAACCCACUGUUUUCUUAUGUCCUUCCUCCCGUACCCGCAUUUCCCUUACCUCCCUUACCACGUAUUAUCGAUACCGAUCUAUACGAACAGGUAAUCUCUCACGUAUCGAUCCAGUGCUUGACCCGACGGAGCGUGAUGGCUUUGGCGAAACCCGAGGAAGAUUGGGAGAAAGCAGUAGAUUAUGAGAAGUUGGAACAUCUCGGAGAUGCUAUACUGGAGAACGUGGCGACGGGUUUGAUCCAUGAGGAAUUUCCUUGGUUAAGGCAGGGUGGUUCAGCUAUCAUUCGAGAUUACUUGGUAUCUAAUGCUACCCUCGCCCAACUGUCUGUAAUGUACAAUCUACCCUUACUUAUCAAGGCCGACCCAUCAUCGAUCUUAUACGUGAGAUCGUCCGAGAAGAUCCAAGCGUCAGUGUUGGAAGCGUGGAUAGCGGGUACAUACUAUAGUUAUCUCAAGUAUGGUGAGGGUGGAGGUAUAUCCAUUGAUCAUGAAGGUGAAAUUAGUACAAGUCAGCGAACAAUGACGGAUACCCGACAGGUGGAAAUUGCGAUAGAGUCAAGGGAAGAGCUCAUCGAAGACACCGUGCAAUAUGAAGAGGACGAAGAUGAAGAGAGACCACCAAAAAACCUCCAACCUGUCCUGGAGCCUAUCCGAUCUUGUCUAUCGAUCGAUACUGAUCCGAAGGUUGAAGAAGUGAUGAAGAAGAGAGACGAGGUCUCUCAUACCACCGAUUUGGAAGAUCUGAUCAGUACCAUGAUGAUCGCUUCUACUUCCAGUAGAUCGACUACCGUCGUCCCCGCAACGACUGCAUCGAGUACGGAGAUCAGUAAAAUUCCAGCUCCUGGUUCAGAAGGUCUUGUCGCGACUGGUAUCGAUAAUCAGUCAAGAGGUCUGCCAAACGAUGCAGAGAUACAGCCAUCUCAACUCCAGCCACCUUCGCAAUUAUACUCUGUACCUAUAAGCGGUACCUAUGCAGAAGAGCCACAAUCGCCUCUGAUCUCACCUCGUACCAAAGGCCAAGCAUUCGAUUACAUUCACUCGUGGCUCCAACCACUCCUGACACCAUAUUGCCGAUGGCUAUACACCUUAUUGCUAGAAGAACAAAAUAAGAUCCUAUCAACGCUUCCACCAGAUGUACCCAAAUUGGUGAUUCCGGAUCAUUGGAAAGAGGAAGAUAGGAGGUCCAAGGGAAUGCCCCAAGCUCUAUCGCAGCAUCCUUGGAUCAAAAGUGUAGGCAAUAAACCUGUUUAUGUGAAAGAGCCAAAACUUGGCCAAAGGUGGAAAGUCACUUGUAAAGUCGUUGAUCUCGAUGGUAAAGAAUGGCUCGGAGAAGCGAUUAGACCUAACGCACAGGCUGCUAAGAAUGUUGCGGCUUGGAUGGUCUACAGGCAGUUGGGUCAAUGA